AUGCGUCCCAACCGCGGCUUCAUCCUGCUCCUCCUCAACGGAACCGCUUGUUUGGUGGCCCUGGGUCAAGAAGAUGACUCCUCCAACCCCAAGAGCUCUUCAGAUGACUCCUCCAAGACGGUGGGCCUCCUGACCGGGCAGGCCCCCCUCUCGCCCCUGAGCCGCUGGAUGCUUCACAGUAAGAGCAGAGCUGCUAAUGCCACCUCUCUGGAGUUGCCCUACCGCUCCCCGGUCCCUUUCUCCAAGCAGGAAUUCUCUAAACAGGAGUUCUGGGAGAUGUUGGGCAGCGACCUGCUCAAGCCCGACGCCUCCAGCUCUAGGGUCAAACGCCGGCCCAUUGUAAAGACCGGCAAGUUCAAGAAGAUGUUUGGCUGGGGAGACUUCUAUUCCAAUAUCAAGACGGUGAGGCUUAACCUGCUGAUCACCGGCAAGAUUGUGGAUCACGGUAACGGCACGUUCAGCGUCUACUUCCGCCACAACUCCACGGGGCAGGGCAACAUCUCGGUCAGCCUGGUGCCACCCGUCAAGGCGGUGGAGUUUGACCUGGAGCGCCAGAGCGUGGUCUACCCCAAGGACUCCAAGAUCUUCAAUUGCCGCGUGGACUAUGAGAAGGUGGAUCGCAGCAAGCGCACCUCGCUGUGCAACUACGACCCGUCCAAGACCUGCUUCCAGGAGCAGAUUCAGAGCCACGUGUCCUGGAUUUGCUCCAAGCCUUUCAAAGUCAUCUGUAUCUACAUAUCCUUCUACAGCACGGACUACCGCCUGGUGCAGAAGGUUUGCCCGGACUACAACUACCAUAAUGAGAUGCCCUACCUGCCCUCGGGCUAG